CGCGUGAAAGCUGCGGGUUGAGUUUGAGGUGUCACAGGCUGUCUUCGCUGAGAAGCGUCCUCCGGCCCCGGCUCCAUGAGCGCCGCGGCGGUGCCCCGGGACCUGCAGUUGCCCCCGAGCCACAGGGCGGAUUCUGCCUUCAGAGAACAAAGAAGACAAAAACUCAAGGAACACCUUCUAAAGAGGAAAACUCUGUUUUCAUUAAACCGGGAAAAUCAAGUAUUACCCAGGGAAGACCAGAGAGCAAUGGCAUCUGAGGAUAAAGUCCAACAGGAGACAAAAGUUUUGAAACUUAAAACAAAAAUGGCUGAUAAAGAAAACGUCAACAAACACACAGGGAGCAAAAGUAAUAUAACACUGGAAAAAAGCUGUAAUCCUUUAACACCUUCUAAGGAAUUAACCAAUUCAACUAUAGCAGUUGACACACAUAACUUGGAAACCAAAAACCAAAGUUUGCAGAUGACACCAACUAAAGAUGACCCCCAGAGUCAACAUAUGACAUUAAGCAAAGCAUUUCACCUUAAAAAUAAUAAUAAAACGAAACAGAUGACUGCAGAAAAACCAAAGCAAGAUGUCAACUUGCCGAAGAGACCUGUUCUUGGAUCUUACCGUGGGCAAAUUGUUCAGUCUAAGGUUAAUUCCUUUAGAAAACCACUUCCAGUGAAAGAUGAUAAUUCUUCAAUAGCAAAGAAACUUCCAGCUACUUUCUCUGGAGCCAUAAAGCCUCAGCCUGUAAACAACAGUGUUAAAAUAUCAUCGAGAAGUGAUGGUGUCUCACAUAUCAGGGCAGCCACAAAAUCUGUCAGCACCACAUAUCAGAAUAAACAACUUGUUCGACCUCCUAUCAGAAGUCACCAUGAUAAGAAUCAGGACCCUGUGAAACACAGCACCAUCAGCAGAACCACUGCCAAUGUCACAGUUCGCAAAGGGCCUAAUGAAAAAGAAUCACGGCUACAUGCAUCUGUAUCUAGUAUUAAGACCAGUUCUUCUCAGGAUGUGAAAAUAAAUAGAACACUGUCAAGAAACAUGACAUCUGAAAUUGUAAGCAGACCCCCUUUAUCUACUAAUCCCAAACUAAUUGAAAAGUCAAAAGUUGUUGAUCAGCGCAGACAUACUAUAGCAAAAGCAACCACUGAUGGUAGAGCAGCUUGGCCAAAAGAAACAGCAGAAGAGAGGAAAGCUCGUCUGAGUGAGUGGAGAGCUAGUAAAGGAAGAACACUGAAAAAGCCUCCUAGCUCAGUAGUUACCCAUCCUGAGCCUGCAAAACAAAAUGAAAAACCGAUUGGGUCAUUUUGGACAACCAUGGCAGAAGAAGAUGAGCAAAGAUUAUUUACUGAAAAAGUCAACAAAACAUUUUCUGAAUGUUUGGGCCUGAUUAGUGAGGGGUGUCCAAGAGAAGAAAUAUUGGCCAUACUGAAUGAUCUGAUUAAAGAGAUUCCAGAUGCUAAAAAACUUGUUAAAUAUUGGAUAUGCCUUGCACGUAUUGAACCAAUCACGAGUCCUAUUGAAAAUAUUUUCACAAUCUAUGAGAAAGCCAUCCUGACAGGAGCUCAGCCUAUAGAAGAGAUGAGAUAUGCAAUUGUAGACAUUCUGGCAAUGAAGAGUCAAGAAAAAACUAAAUCUGGAGGAAAUAUUGAAGAGACUUGUAUAACCAAGGAACAAGUACAAGAAGUCAACAAUGAAGAUACAGGGGUUAAUCUAGAUUCAGGAAAACCAGAAGUAAAAAAUGAAGUUCACAAAAAUGUGGCAUUUCAAGACUAUGAAAAAGCUCAGGACAGAGAUACAACAAAAGACCCAGGCAGUGAUGUCAAGACACCCAAUACCAGCACAAGUUGCUUAAUUAAAUAUAAUGUGUCUACUACACCACACUUACAAAGUGUAAAAAAGAAGAUGCAUAUUGAUGAAACAAAUUCCACCUUUAAAGAGCUGAAGUUUCUGACUCCAGUUAGACGGUCUCGACGUCUUCAGAAGAACUCUUCUAAACUGCCAGAUAUGUUAAAAGACCAUUAUCCUUGUGUGUCUUCACUGGAAGAGUUAACAGAGUUGGGAAAUGAAACAGACGCUUUCAUAUGCCGCCCUAAUGCAGCACUCUAUCCGAUGGUCUUGGAUGCUGAAAUAGCAGAAGAGAAAUAGAUCUGUGAUGAGGAAUGGGUUUUUCUUUUUUACUUUCCUUCUAUCAUCUCUGGAGUGUGGUACUUUUGUUUCUUAGGAGUUAGCCAAGUGCCUAGGUAUUUAUGGCAGUAAGCUUUCUAGAUUCACAUAAUAACAGAUGUUACUUUUGUGUGUGUGUCAGGAUGCUAAUCCUACCAUACCUAUCUGUAGAUUUGAGUUUCCCUGGGAGGUGUAUUUUGUUGGUCUACUUUGUUCUUACUUAUUUGUUCACCUUACUUUUAACAGUCUUAAGUUACAGGGGAAAAACAAAUGUAAGUUUAGUGAUGUGUGGGUAGAAGUGAGGCAUUCUAGAUAAACAUUUUUGCAUGAAAGUAGCUUGAAUUUUUAAGGUGUAUACCUUUGACUUUAAACAGAGUGCAGAUUUUUCUUUUGGUCUUUCCUUAAGUCUAGAUCAGGAUGUAAGUCUGCAAUUGUACUGUAUAGAGUGAUUCCCUUGAAAUAUUAAGACAGAAAAUUUAGCUUUCCUUAUUAUGCUGAUUUCUAACCUUUAUGCUUCUACAGUUACUCGUUCUCACCUUCACUAAUGCCAGUGAGUCCAUACCUGUGGUUUCAUGGCCUCUUUCUUCUUGAGAAUAGCUGAGGUCAUCAAACAAGAUGGUUGACUAAAUAUCCCAUUUGUAAGAGAAUAAAUAUACUUUAUAAGAUGAAACAAAAAUUUCCAAAUUUACCUUGUCAAGAGUAGGAUUUUUUAUUCUUCCUUAACUGUAUGUGUACUAAAUCCAAUAAAUUAAUAUAUUUGUAUAACAAUAUUCCAGUGAUGUUCAUUUCAACAAAUAUGAAGUGCAGCUUAGCUCAUAGUGAAUUUGUUUGAAACUUAACUUUGAAAUUUAGUAGAAUUUUAAUAGAGGACAGAAAGUAGGACUUAAAAUUUUAUCACAUAAAUGUGAACAAGUAUUAAUAAUUAUCAAAACUUAGCUCCAGUUUUUUCAUGCUUUCUGUGAAUAACCCAAAAUAUACCAUUUGGAAAUAUUAUUUCUAGCUGACUUACACUGUCAGUGUUAAAUUAUUAUAUUCUUGCUAUCUGGUUAAUUUUGCCAUGUAGCAUACCUUUAAAAAAUCUGUAAAAGUGAACUUGAAAUAAACCUCUUUAGCUAGACAAGUUUCAUAGAGGAUUUCCAUUCCUCCUCUUAGACAGUGUUUUUCCCUCCUGAGGCAAAGUGUGUCUCUAGUUCCAGUUCUAACAUUUACAACUGUAAGGUCUAUCUCCUUUUCAAAUGCUUAACAGUAGUGACAAUGUGUCUGACCUAGGUCUGUUCCAAGCAGAUUAUCUCCAGGAUGUGAUUGUGCAUAAACAUUCAAAUCCAGAUCUGCAUUCAAAGUCUCAGCUCCUAUCUUGUGUGACCAUAGAGAAGUUACUUAGUUGACUCCUUUUUUUUUUUUUUUUUCCAGAGCACUGCUCAGCUCUGGUUUAUGGUAGUGCUGGGGACUGAACUUUGGACUUUUGGUGCUUCAGUUCUGAAAGUCUGCGUAACCAUUAUGCUGUCUCCCUAGCUCCCUUCUAGUUAUUUCUUAUAUCCUCUAACUGGAUUUUCAGAUUCUUUUCUACAGGAAUUUAGAUUCAGAAUAAAGAAGUAGCUUUGUCUAGGUAGUAAUAUAAUAAUGAAGUAAUGUAAAUAGCGGGCACUGAUUUAGGAAAGUUGGUGAGCAAAGGUAACUAGUCAGUGACGAGAACAAUGAUGUAAUUAUCCAAAGAAAAAUAAGAGUGGCAGAGGGUGUUUUAGGGUGGAAUGCAACACUUGUAUGUGUGAGGUUAUACCUCUGUAAUCUUAUACUCUGUAAACCAUUUUUAAAUCAUUAAUAAAAAAAAAAGUUAACCGUUUAA